GUCUUUUUCGUUCCUAGCGCAGCCAUGGCUCGUGGUCCCAAGAAACAUCUGAAGCGUGUAGCAGCUCCAAAGCAUUGGAUGCUGGAUAAACUGACUGGUGUGUUCGCUCCUCGCCCAUCUACUGGUCCCCAUAAGCUGAGAGAGUGUCUCCCUCUCAUCAUUUUCUUAAGGAACAGACUUAAGUAUGCCCUAACAGGAGAUGAAGUAAAGAAGAUCUGUAUGCAGCGUUUUAUUAAGAUUGAUGGCAAGGUCCGAACUGAUAUAACAUACCCUGCUGGUUUUAUGGAUGUCAUCAGCAUUGACAAGACCGGAGAGAAUUUCCGUCUGAUCUAUGAUACCAAGGGUCGCUUUGAUGUUCAUCGGAUUACACUCGAGGAGGCCAAGUACAAGUUGUGCAAAGUGAGAAAGAUCUUUGUGGGGACAAAAGGCAUCCCCCAUCUGGUGACUCACGAUGCUCGCACCAUCCGCUAUCCUGAUCCCCUCAUCAAGGUCAAUGACACCAUUCAGAUUGAUUUGGAAACUGGAAAGAUUACUGAUUUCAUCAAGUUUGACACUGGUAAUCUGUGUAUGGUGACUGGGGGUGCUAACCUGGGAAGAAUUGGUGUGAUCACCAACAGAGAAAGACACCCUGGUUCGUUUGAUGUGGUUCACGUGAAAGACGCCAAUGGCAACAGUUUUGCCACCCGACUCUCCAACAUUUUUGUUAUUGGCAAAGGCAACAAACCAUGGAUUUCUCUUCCCCGUGGAAAGGGUAUCCGCCUCACCAUUGCUGAAGAGAGAGACAAGAGACUGGCGGCCAAACAGAGCAGCGGGUAGAUGGUCCCUAGGUGACGUGAUUGGAAGUCUUUAUACCUAAUUAAAGGUCAUACAGCACGAUAAACAACAACAACAAAAAAAGUUUGUAAACAUUCAGUUGAAUGAUCUGCUAUUAGUUAAGCAGAAUUAGCAGGGAGAAACCCUAUAAGUGGAAGGGAUGUUUGUAAAGCAGAUGAGAUAGAGGACCUCUAGAGGAAUUACGUGAUUUUCCCAGAGUCACACACUGAAUCAAAGGUAUAAGAUGAAGAAAACACAGGUCUCUGGACAACAAGUCUUGUUGUGCUUCUGCCAUGGCACAGUAUUGUGUCACCAAUUCCACAUUUGGACAUGGUUAUGAAAUCAUUAAAGACAAUAGUCAAGUAUAUUCCGGAAAAAUAUAUUCAUGGCUAGCACAUUCAUAUCUAUGGCAGUUUGAUGAAGUCCCAGAACCUAAGUCAGGUUUGGUGGGGUGAGGAGGUUCGGAGCCGACGACUAAAGAAAGAAUUCUUAAGAUGUCGUUGGUGCAAAAUGGUGGUUUAUUAAAGCACGGGGACAGGACCCGUGGGCAGGAAGAGCUGCUGCCCCAGGUUGUGAAGGUGGGCAUGUUAUAUACCCCACGGUUGGGGGGAGGUGGUGAAGGAAUGGGAGAUUUUGACAGAGUUCUCACAUGCUAGGGAGGGCCUACAAGGUGCGGGGGUGGGGGGAGUCUUUGCCCUUAUGGCUUGAUCAAUGUCGUCUUUAGGUCAGGCACUAACAUCAAGAUAAUGGGGGAUUCUUGGUGGGGCAUUAUGAUCCGGCUAUCAUUUACAUUCCUUUCUACUCCAGUCUCCUCCAGUUUAUGGUGGGAGGGGGACAUUAGGGCUUCAGGAACCAAGAGUUAUUUGCCUCUGGAAAUUUGUGCUAUUGAUAAGGUAACCUCCCUGUUUAGGUCUCUAGGACAUCUUGAAGAGCAAGGGAGAUUCCUGUUCUGCAGGAUUGCAAUCCCUGCAAGUUAACUAUUUAUCGUUUUAUGGCAGUCAAGGGUGCCUGAGGAAUGCUACACAUAUGGAGGGGAGCGGGUGAAGAGGGGGUGCAAGGCGCCAGCUUUUGCUUUGUCCUCAGCCAGCCUCCUGCUCCCUCAUCAGUUUGCCAGGUAGACUAUUCAAUUUGCCAGUAGGAGACACAGAGCUUAUCUACAGUGAUGGCCACUUAAUACCAGCUUGCUAGAGACCCCACCUACCCACCUUCCAGGUAGCAGGACCUUUUCCUUCCCCGUGCCUUGCAAAAUUCCUUUCCCUUUAGGGAUUUAUUCUGAAGUCAAAUGAAGAGUUUUUCUCAUGAAUACUCUGAAGUCAGUCAGCAUGCAAUCUGUACCUCUACUUGUCUUCUGGAUUAUGUGGUUCCAAAUAUGAAUCUCUUUUUGCUCAGAAUUCUUCUGUUGGCUACUAAUCACUUUUUGUUGUCUUGAGAUCCGUUUUGCUACAGUCAUGUUUUUUCUCAGGAUUAGCAGGUUCUUCAAAGGGAAGAAUUCUGUGCUCUCUCUUACCACUUUGGUCCAAGAAUGGACAUAAAUUCAUUCUUUUUUUUUAAUGUUUUGAUUUUUUAAAAAUAUUUUAUUUAUAUAUUUGACAGAGAUCACAAGUAGGCAGAGAGGCAGGCAGAAGGUGGGGGGGGGGGGAACAGGCUCCCCACUAAGCAGGGAGCCUGAUGCGGGGCUCAAUCCCAGGACCCUGAGAUCAUGACUGAGCCGAGGCAGAGGCUUUAACCCAAUGAGCCACCCAGGGGCCCCUAAAUUCAUUCUUUUAAUUCGUGGAGCAGGAUACUAGAUGCAAUGGCUAUAUCAUAUAUAGAUAAUAAGAUAAUAAAAUUUACCUGUUGAGUUUGUUGUCAGGAUAAAUGAUUAUUUAAUCAAGAGCUUAGCAUAAUAUUAAAAACCAUUGCUUAGUAUAAUAUGAUUAUACUAUAAUUUCCAUAAUGAACUGUAUAUACCAUAUUAGAAUUACCUAUAAUACCCUAAGUAUAAUAUAAAUAUUAGCUGUUUUUUUAUUGUCCUCAGAUUGAAGGAGAUGUCAUCUUAAUAAGUUAUUUUAUUUUUUAUAGCUGUAUCUCUAGCUUCCUAUGAAAAACAGUACGUUUUUAAAAAUUCUACCUCUUCCACAUGCACUCAGGCAUACUUUACACCACUUUAUGAAGUCAGGCUCUAAGAAAGUGUGGCCUACAGGGAGCAAAGAAUUCUCCAUCUCUCAGGCAUUGUCUGUCCCAUGAUCUGCCUCUUUUCAGGAUGAUUGAAUAUAAGAUUAUUCACUGAUUUAUGGGGAGACCUCACCCCUGCCAACUAGAAGUAUUGGCCUUGGAAACACAAAUAGAACAUUCUCUUCAUAAUAUAAUAAUCCAGUAUCAUUAUGGUUCCUAAAGUCUUAUAUAUUAAGUCUUAAGUAAUAUGUGAAAGUACUAUAGUCCAGUCCAGGUUUGAGUUGAUCCAGAAUUGCCUAGUUCUUUUGUACAUAUUUAUGUAUAUUAUAAAGUGAAAUUUAGGUGCACUAAGGCUGGCUGGCUGCAGUAACUAAGUGGUAAACUAUGGCUCAAUGACGAACAUAAUUCCAUAAGAAUAACACUUUGCAAGCACAUCAUAGCCAAAUUUCAUAUGUAAAAACCAAAUAUUUCUCCAAAAAAAGUCCCAAGUGAACUAACUCUGCCUAUAAUGCAAACCUUUGUGUUGUUAUGCAGAGUGGUUUAGCUCUUUUUAAAAAUUGCUGCUCUCAAAUGCCUUUAUUUCUGCAAUGGUCUUUUACUUUACAUUUGAAUAACUAAAUAGUUCAAUAAAACAUUUAAGUGAUUUUUCCAAGAACAAAGACAUGCAAAGAUGUGCUUAAAGAGAAAAGGGAAAGUCAAGAGGAAAUUACUUAAUUUCUUGGCUGAAUCACCAGUGCCCCAUUUCUUCUGACUUUUGGGUAUGUGAUGAGCUUCCUUAGCUGGUCGUGUCUCUGAGUACAAUGCACAUUAAAUGAUUUGCUUCCCUUUUUGCUUACCCUACAUUUACAUUUCACAAACAGAAGAAUUAAUAAUAGUUAUAUAAUUCAUACGGAGUUCUUCCACUGAGCAGAAUUUGUUCCAGAUCUCUUUUGCCUGGUCAGAAACUGAGCUAGUAAUUUGAACAAGGAACAUUGGAAGUUAUUAAAUAGAUAAAUGGUGGUUAGUGCUAGAAGGAAACAGGUGUAGCUACUUCUACAGAAGUAGCUACACCAUCACCCUGGGACUGAGUAAAAGUAAACAAAAGAGGAUUUUAGACAUUUAGAGGACAGCCCUACAAGCUACAUAUUCAGACCUCUGAAAAGACUGUGGAUGCCAUAUAAAUAUGCUCUGCCAUUAUGGGCACGGAAAAGCUGGAUGGAAGUUAUCUGCCUGUGAGCCCACCUCUGUAAACCUGGGGGCACUUACCACUGGAGCAGGAGGGCUGGGGCCACUGUGGUAAAUACUGACAGGAUUCCUUGCUGCUGAUCCAUUUGCCAUCAUAUGGAGAACAAAGUAGCAAAAAAAGAAUUAAGUUGCUUUUUCAAAUCUUGUCUGUCCCUUCAGUACCCCCACUGGAAGAUCGCAACAUAGCACCUGCUAACAAAGGAGAAAGUGUUCUAGCGUUGUAAAGUAGGGCUAAGAAGGGUAGGAGACAGGAAGCAAAUUUGUUAUUAUUGUUGUGAUCUGGGUUAGAAAAAAAAAUACUCUUUUUCUGUUAAGGAAUUGGGAUUUACAAUAACCUUAGUCUUAGAACCCCAGGGUAAGAAAUUAACAUAAGAAGUGGUUUUUAGGUAUUGAUACUUGAGAUUUGUUGUAAAGCAAAAACAUUCACUGGAGGAGAGGAGGGGGCACACAUACUUUCCAUCUAGCUUGCACAGGAUUUCCAUAGAUAAAAAACAGCACUGAAAAUGAGCCUGCAAUCACAUAUUACAAACAAA